AUGUUGAACUCAGUUUCUAACGUUCCUGAGAGAAAUAGACUGAGAUCGACAAAACAUGGUGAUCUUGUUUGUGCUCUGUUCAAAACAUCUCAUUUUGGUGCAAGAAGUGAGCGAAGAGACGAUCGCAAUUUUUCGACGCUGUGUCGCAAGCUGAGUAUUGACAGGAUUGAAUGUCCUAGCCGUCAAAAUGCAUUGAUACCGAUGUGGUUCGUGAUGGAAGAUGUUAGAAACAGACAAUGUAGACUUCCAACGACAAAAAUCGACAUCUUCAACAAGGUGUGUUAUUCCGGGAAGCCAUCUGGCGUGCUCUCCAAAAUAGCUCGCAAUGCUACAUACACUGCUUUGAGUGAAAGGAGGGAGUGCAAGAGAGUGCUAAAACAGAUGAGCUGCAGCCCAUAG